CGGGACGGGACUGCCCGGAGAGGUGGUACCACGCUGCCGAGGGAGAAAGGGCACCACGAACGCUCUGGAGUUGCUCGUUGGAAGUAGCGUUGAACGGGGAUGUGCCUUCCUUUUGUUUGGUUUGGGCACGAGGAGGAGGGCUUCGCCGUGGCUGGAGGGGCGGUGGGUCAGAACGCAGCGGGGUAACGCCGGUGUCUUCGGGCUUUGUGCAGAACGAGUCAUCUUUAGAAGGGGCUGCCUGAUGGUUUACCCACAUUGAGAAACGGUUUCUGUUGCGUGUCAAGAGAACCUCCGGAAGGCAGGGUGGUCACUUCCAGCAUGGGAUGGGUGCCCAAGGAGUUUUUGUCUCCGUUACACUGCGAUGCUAAACCACGCAAUGAGUUCUGGUCCUAGCAGGAAGGAACGGGCCACCCGUGAAGUAAUCUGAAGUUACUGGAUUUUGCACGUUUUGAUGUCCACGAUGGCAACGCAAGCAAGAUUUUAAAUACAUAGAAUUGUCAUAACGUUCCAGUUUUUUUCAGGCUGUAAAUUUAUAAGUUGCAAAUGUGUAAAAUGGCUGUGUUUUUAGUGCCAGCACACAUUACAGGAAGAAACAUAGCAAGCGGGGCCCGAGUUUAAAGUAUGCUGUAAGAGCUUAUUAAUUUUUAAUUAAUAUCAGCUUCCAGUUUCAACAAGUUGAGUGUAGAUGUUGGUGUAAUCUAGGUAAUUAACAGUGAGAGAUGCUAACCUGUGGUAAAAAUACUCCGUUUUAGCCUGUAAUGUAAGGACCCAGUAUUCCCUCAGUGCUUUAAUGUGCAAAGAUAAUUAAGAGAUUUCCCGUUUACCAUCUUUUAUCUAAGACACGUGUAUUAAAUUGCAUUAAUCUUUCUUCAGAGAUAAUAUAAUCUAUUGUUUUUGCCAUUUAUACAUUCUUUGUAAUUUGUCAAUGUUGCAUUUCUUUUAUAGUCAAAUGAAAGAAAACUCUGCACAGUACUCCCAAGUGUGAGAUUAGCGAAGCUGGUGUAAAGAGGAAUCAUUACCUCUCUGGCUUUAAAAAUCAAACCUGGUGUAGACAUGACUUCUACAUGCAACAUUUGCUCUCUUGAAAUAGUACGAACUCUUGUCUAACACGUGUGUUGCCAUGGACAGCUCAGGGAUGAAAUAUGCCAUCUUUCGUUUUUUUUCUGUGUCUAAUAUCCGUUGUUAUGUUUUUACACACAUCCUUCACUUUGCAGCCCCUCCAAAUCCCCAGUGUUUUUCUAUGUAUUUCCCACCCUUUCUCAGCAGUCUGGUUGGUGGAUAACUACGUAACUAUGUCUUGUUUCUGCUCUCAUGGGAUGAAAUUGUGAAUACUGGGGAGCUGCAUUUGCAAAAACACCUAAAAUGAAUAGGUACAAUAAUCAUUAGCGGGUUGGGUUGCUUGGAAGCUGGAAAAUAGAUUUGUGUACAUAAACUCCCUGUAAAAAGAGGCAAAAUAGACUGAAGGGAUGUAGUGCUUUUGAAUGCUUUAGUUUAAUUAGUGCCUGUUACCAUGAAAUCUGUACAGAAACCAUAAGACGUUUUCCUUUAUCAAGGUUUGUUGUGUUUGAAAGAAGGAGAUAGUGAAUUACAGUCUUAGAAGGCCUUCUGUUUGUAUAGCACGAAGGGAAGAAAGGUUAAUCAUAAUGGAAAAAGGCAAUUUGCCCAUAUAAUUGGAAUAGUUGUCAAUUAAAUAAUGAUCUGAAUGGGAGAGAUUGUAAAUAAUAUGAUGCGCUCUAACAUAUUUUGAAAGAAGGUAGCGUCUGUCUCUCCUAGGAAGGGUUUAUUCCAGGUCUAGUCCGAGCUGGCUCUCUGGAGUCCUGUCUGUAACACUGGAGGUAACGUUUCCGUGGCCCUUUGAGCUGGUCCGACCUGGGGCUCUUGCAGUCUUACAGCCCCCCUGAGCCAGCGCUGACUUCACGUUGACAGGCAGCCACUUGGUUCGGGGAGAUGAGCAGACUGAAAAGUACGCUUGCAAGAGUGGCUGGCGUCUGGCUGGACGAGCCCUGGGGCUCGCCUGGCUCCCCAGCAGUGCCGGCUGGAGAGGCGGCCGUGGGGCAGAGAGGGACGGGUCUGCGUGGGGCAGGGGACGGGAGGGCAGAGCUCAGGCAGCCCCGAGAGAGGCCGAGGACGGGAUCCGGUCUGGAAGUGCAAAAUGGGCAUGUAGGCGUGGGACAGCACCUCACAACCUCGCUGUACGUUCACAGUGUGUUGCUUUUUGUUUCUAACCAAACCCUUAACGGUCUCUGUGCUAGUCUGUGGUGGCUGCUGAAGGUCCUGGUAUUUAAUAGCGCCGUUUCAGCCCAUUUAAUGGUAUCCUGACAGAAAAAAAUCAUGACGUGAAAGAAACCAAAUAAAAGAAGUAGAAGGCUGCUGCUUGGGAGGAGGAUAAGAAGAUAUAUUUAAAAGAAACCUUUAUUAAGCUUCAGUUUAGCAUAACUAUACCUGUACGAAAGAAAAUGAACAAUAUACAACAGGCCAAAGAUGCUGCCAGAGAUUGGAAGGUAUAGUUGCGUAGGCCAAAAUGCAGAUCUCUUAAAAAUAAUCAAGCAGUUUAGGGGACGGGGGCAGUUUUCCACAUAAACUUUGCAUGUACAUGAACUGCUUUGCUCCAGAGCUGUUUAUCUUGAUGCUUUGCAUAGGCCUGAGUCUGCAUUUUUAUCUUUUUUUUUUUUUUUUUUUUUUCAAAGUUAAAUCCCUUUAAUUGGAAAUCGGCUUGACCUGUGGUGGUUGCUGAAGAAAUCUCUCUAUAUCAUCCAGCCCUACUGAUCUGUAUUUAAUGUAAUUCUUUCACUAGCUUAUUAUCCUUCAACCUCCUGAGCAAUUUUUCAUUGGUCUUUUAACUCUGCACGAUUCUUAAUGCUUCUUUUAAAAUGCCAAAAGAAGAGUUCCUAUUUGUAUUGUAGUCCUGAUGCUUGUUUAUCCUUCUUUUAUAAUAGUUUUCUCUUUCCUCUUACUUGUUACAAACUACUGAAUCCUAUAUUGCUUUUAACUCUUUAGAAGUAAUUUACCUCCACUUGUAUUGUUUAGAGUAAUACAUUUUUAUGAAAGCUGUAUGCUCUUCCCUGUUUCUUCCUACUUACUUACUUUUGAGCCGGUUGGCCAAUGUCAGCCAAAAUUGACAAUGUGGCGUCAGUGUCAAAGAUAUCAAAUAUUUACAGGUUUUAUGAAAAUCAUCAAGUUGGUAGAGGGGGAAUGACCCAAAUUAAUGGUUCUGCUAAUGGAAAAUCUGCAGCAUGAUUUCAAGUUAUCUGCUGCGUUAGACAUGACUUAAACUGGGCAGCUAGUUGAUGUACAGCUCUGAACCAGCCGGUGGUUAUGCUUCUCUUUGACAAGCUGAUAGGGAGCACAGCUGGGUUUGACAACAGUGCUGUAAGAGCUGCGGGUUGUGGCCAGAGGAAGCCUGGAGUUUGCAGUGCUGACGUGAAGUCGUGUAGGAUGCGUAUGUGAGAUAAGUGAUUCGUACCUGAUCUUGAAGUACCCCAGGCUGAAUGAUUCUUGAAAUUGAGCUCUGUAAAGCCGUAACUGCCAUGGAGCAGCCUUCAAACCGUGCUAGUCAGUGAAAUUUUGAGUUAGAAGCUGGUAUAUGUGCUGGUCUACCUACACAUGAUUCCAGGGCUUGACAGCAGUAAGUUUGUUGAAGUUUUAUGUCUGUUGGCAUAUUACGUAAAUAGAUAUUUACUUUUAAGAGGGAAAAAUCCAGAAGGAGAAUGUAUUUGUAAUCUUCACUUACAUCUUACAGCGGCUCCUCACUGGAAAGAUAAAAUAACAAUUUUCAGUUUGGAGUUGUGGGGUUUUUUGUUUGGUUGGUUUUUGGGUGGUUUUUUUUUUUUAAGGAGGGAAGAUUGGGGUUUGUGCUGCUUUUUUCCCAGUGCCUUUUCUAAAAGGUGGUUGAACAGGAUGUUUGGGGGAAAUGUGACAUUGUUGGGUUUUGGCAUUCCAGGAGAGCUGAAGUGGAUCCAGCAUAUCGUCUUAUGCAUUCCCUUCUGCACUGAAUGUCAGGAGUAAUUCAUGUUGUUGACAGCUAUGUCAACAUGUGAAACUGAAUGAAGGACAGGAACUAAACAAAAAGCUAAUAAUAGAAGAGGAAGAAAGUGAGAAGUGAACACUUCGUUGGUAAACUUUCUUGCUGUCACGAGUAAGAGGGUCAAAUAGUGCAGCCUGUCCUUAUCGGUUACCACAAGCGCCUUCUUGUUGGCAACGUUCAAGCGAAAGAGAGCUGUUUGUAUAUCUAUGUGUGUUUUGUGAGUAUGGGAAAGAAGCAAUUUAUCCAAGAAACACGCACAGUGGAUCUAUGUAGAGGCAUACAAAAGUCACUUUGAUUCAUCUCCAUUUCUCUAAUUAUUUACCCUACUUUAACCUUAUGCUUCCAAAAACUCUAUUAAGUAUGGUCUCACUUGUACCCAUUGCAAGCAUUAAAUAUGCGGUUUGUCUGCCAGGCAAUGUGAGGCAUUAUGUUAGUUGUUUUUUGAUGCAUCUUCUGCGAUGGAAGAGUCACUUCUGUUGGUUCAGUGAUUACCACAGUACGUAUCCUGUGAUAAACUAUCUGGCAACUCCAGUACAGGCCGUUGAAGAAACAUUUAUUGUAUUUCGAGACACGCAUAGUCAUCCCUGUUGUGGCCUCUAACAGGUUAUGGGCUUUACUCCUUAUUCUUCCCUAGUGAAGCUGAUGAACAAGUUAAUCGGAAGGCCAGCUUGUGAGAAACAGGUUGUGGUACUGGAGGAUGUGAAUUCUGGAGUGCUGUGUUACUGCCCAAGUGUGUUGUGUACUGCUAGCGGAAAUUGGAGAAUACGUCUCGCAUUUCGUUGUGUGUUGGUAAAUCUAACAGUUUAUAUCACGCAGAAGUAAAAUGCUUUCUAUGGAGACUUCUGCUUCUGAUGCCAGGACUCUCUGGAAAACUUACUUUGUUGCUUGGCUUAAAGGAAGAUGAUGUCAUUAAUGAAUUCUGAGCAUCCUUCAGGAGGCUGGUGACCCUUCUAUCAUUGGCGAAUGCUGUCAUGGACAACUUCAAAGGCUCUUUUCCAAAACACCACAAGCAGUUAGUGCACCUUAUGAAGGACUCCUGACCUUUCUCAUCUUUCUAAGUUGUACCUAGAUGUCACCAGUGUUUCCCAUGUUAACAGUUCUGAGCAUGUUUUACUAUAUGUGCCUUCGGCGCCGAGCUAGGACAGCGACGAGAGGAGAAAUGAACAGCCGGAGGGCUAUUGAAUCAAACACCCGAGCCUUACCUAUCAACGUUGAAAUAGUUCAGUAUGCCAAAGAAGUGUUGGAUUUCAGCUCUCACUAUGGUAGUGAAAACAGCAUGUCCUAUACCAUGUGGAACCUAGCAGGUAUUCCAAAUGUGUACCCUAGUUCUGGUGACUUUACUCAGACGGCCGUCUUUCGAACUUACGGGACCUGGUGGGAUCGCUGCCCUAGCGCUCGGCUGCCCUUCCAGAGGACGCCACCCACCUUCUGUAGCCAGGACUACGUGGAACUCGCUUUUGAGGAACCAGUUUAUCCCACUGCAGUGCACAUUCUGGAAACGUAUCAUCCGGGAGCUGUGGUCAGGAUUUUGGCAUGCUCUGCAAAUCCUUACUCACAAAAUCCACCAGCUGAAGUAAGAUGGGAAAUCCUUUGGUCUGAGGCACCUACAAAGGUGAAUGGUCCUCAGGCUCGACAGUUCACACCUUGUAUCAAACAGAUAAACUUUCCCACAAACUUAAUCCGACUGGAAGUGAACAGCUCUCUUCUGGACUACUACACUGAAUUGGAUGCAGUAGUACUACAUGGUGUGAAGGAGAGACCUGUGCUUUCGCUUAAGGCUUCGAUGAUUGAUAUGAAUGAUAUUGAUGAAGACGAGGAUGAAGAAAAAUAUGGAUGUGGAAUGGACACCCUUAAUAAGCAGUUCAGUGUUGUUACCCUCAGGGAAUGGCCGACUAACGGAUAUUUUGAUAAACUGCCUUAUGAGCUCAUCCAGUUGAUUUUGAGUCACCUUACAGUACCAGACCUGUGUAGACUAGCGCAAACUUGUAAGCUGCUAUAUCAACAUUGCUGUGAUCCUCUACAGUACAUUCAUCUCAGUUUACAACCUUACUGGGCAAGGAUUAAUGACACAUCUCUGGAAUACCUACAGUCUCGCUGCACUCUCAUCCAGUGGCUGAAUUUAUCUUGGACUGGAAACAGGGGAGCCAUCUCUGUUUCUGGAUUUAGCAGGUUCUUGAAAGUUUGUGGCUCUGAACUAGUACGUCUAGAGUUGUCUUGUGGCCAUUUCCUCAAUGAAACAUGCUUGGAGGUCAUUACUGAAAUGUGUCCAAAUCUUCAGGAAUUAAAUCUCUCAUCAUGUGAUAAAAUACCACCUCAGGCUUUCAACCACAUAGCCAAAGUGGGCAGCCUAAAACGUCUCAUUCUCUACCGAACAAAAGUGGAGCAAACAGCCCUGCUCAGUAUUCUGAACUUCUGCUCGGAGCUGCAGCACCUCAGCCUGGGCAGCUGCGUCAUGAUUGAAGACUAUGAUCUUAUAGCAAGCAUGAUGGGAGCAAAAUGCAAAAAGCUUCGCAGUCUGGAUUUGUGGAGAUGUAAAAACAUAACUGAAAAUGGAAUAGCAGAAUUGGCUUCAGGCUGCCAGCUUUUGGAAGAACUUGAUCUUGGCUGGUGCCCUACAUUACAGAGCAGUACGGGCUGUUUCACAAACCUUGCACGUAAACUCCCAAACUUGCAAAAGCUCUUUCUUACAGCCAACAGGUCCGUGUGUGACACGGACAUUGAGGAGCUUGCGGCUAGCUGUACGCGUUUACGGCAACUGGAUAUAUUGGGGACGAGGAUGGUAAGCCCUGCAUCUUUAAGAAAAUUGCUGGAGUCUUGUAAAGAUCUUUCUUUACUCGAUGUGUCCUUCUGUUCACAGAUUGAUAAUAGAGUUGUCCUAGAACUGAAUGCCAACUUCCCUAAUGUGUUCAUAAAAAAGAGUUUCACCCAGUGACUCCCUACAUAUGCUGCUGUGGAAUUUGUUUGACAGAGUUGUUUCCUGUGAAUUUGUGCUGACUUUUUUUGAGAAGAAUAUAAAUCCCCUAUGAAAUAGUGGAAAGUAUUAAUUAUCUACACAAAUGGGUAAAAUACGUUUAAAUAUAUUAUGCAUUUCUUAAAAAGUUGAUAUUGUACCUAAGAAUUGUUUUACUCUGUGUUAAUUGGUGGCACUGCAUGUUUUUAAAUACCAGCCAUAUGUGUGGCUUUAAUGAGAAGAAAAUUAAUAAUGUCUUCUUAAAUGUCCCUUUAUAGGGUGUUACACACAAUAAGCUAUGUUAAUAUCCAGGUGAAAGCAGAAGUUCAAUAUUUAGCAGUAAGAAAGAGAUGGGUGCUUCCUCUUUAUGUAUAUGUGUUUGUGUGUGUAUAUAUAGAUGUAUACAGAUCUAUUUGUAUAUACAUACACAGAUAGUGUAGUAUUCUAGUUUGGCCUGCAACAUAAGAUCUUAUGAUCUGGCCUAUAAUCAGUUGUUUGAAAACCUGUUUAAGCUUGUAUAAGAAUGGAUUGAAGACACUUUGUCGUCUUUGGUUUUUUUGGCAAUGAAUUCUAUCUGAUACAUUUUUUUCUUCCUUCCUCCACCUGAAAUAGAUGUAGUGACGUUUUACAGUCCAGCCUAAGCAACACAACAGGUAAAUGCAAGAGCCUUUCAUCUGAACUUAGAGCAGAAACAAGAGAAAAUUGGCAUCUGCUUCUUGGUAUUGGAUAUAAAGUUUGAGUCAGGUACUUAGUGUUGUAACUGGUAAUGUGUAGAAAACUCCAGAGCAAUUUUCUUUUCAAAUUUCUGUCAUGGUCAAGACUUGAUUUGUGAUACAUCUGGUUAUCAUGCAGAGUACCAUAAAAAAUAGAACUUAGGGUAAUGCAUUAGCAACUGUCCCUUACACUGGCAUCAAAUCUACUGUCAAGUGUAAAACCAAACAUCUUUGUUCAGUAAAACAGCAAUGAAAAUAUAGUAGGUUUGAAACAAGGGCAAAUCACCAAACCUUAGUAUUGUAUUUGUUUUGGUUUGGGGUUUUUUUGUUUUUCCAAGAGGUGAUGGGUCAAAGUACUAUUGCACUCUCUCUUUUUAACACUGAUGGACAAAUUCUAGAGGUUUCUUCCUUUUGCACUUCCUUGGAUGAAGUUUUUCUCUUUUUUUUUUUUUCUUGUAUGUUGUUAUGUACAGCUUCAGUUUAGAAUUUUACCUUUUAGCUAUUGUUGAUGAAUAAGGACCAUGAAAUAUAGCCUGUCAUUUGAUAUUGGUUCCACUGUUCUUGUAUUGAUGGCACUUAUUACCUACUGGAAUAAGAAGAAAAAUAUUUUGUCUGGCGAAGUACAUUACUGCACUGAAGAUCACUGGCAAAGAAUACCAGUUUAUGCAGUAAAUAACUGACCGCUACUAGAGGACUGCUACGAAUCAUUAAAGAUUUGACGAUCUCUGUGACUCCUGAAUGAACACUUUGAACUCUUUGUGCUGGUGCCAAUACUUUAUAAACCAUGUCAUGAAACAGCUACAGAACAUUUAUCUGAUUUUAUAGAAAGACGUUUCUCUUCAGAUUUUUAAAUUUUACAGAAUCUUUUGGGAAUUCCAGAUCCAAAGAAGGGCAUGCAGAGUUGGCUUUUUGAUUUUUCCUCCACACAGAUGGCACUAUGGGAUUUCCAACUAGAUUAUGCCAUUCCUUUUUUUUUUUUUCUUUCCCCAGAAAACUGGACAUUGUCAGAGAUCUUUAGAUUGAUUUACUUUUUUUUUUUUUUCCACACUGACAGAUAGCAGCUUUGGUGUGAUUCUGUGUGAGACCUCAUUUCUUUCAAUCAGGUUUGGGUUGAUCUAUUUUUCUGGGAACUUAACUUCUGACUUUUUUAUCUACAAAUAAUAUUUUUCAUUGUAAUUGAGUAUUAAACAUUAUCGUUCUAGUUAUAGGAGAACACAGGUUCAGAUAAUGGGAGUUUACAAAGAACAGUAUUUCAAAACAAAUGUCUUUGUUGUGAAAUUUCACUUCUCAGGGUGCAUCUGUGUUUAUCUCCUUUUUUUCUUAGAGAUCCUUCUUGUUUGUUUAGAUACAGAUUAUGUAAAUAGAAUGGGAUGUGGAUGAAGUGAUAGCCAUUGUGCCUUCAAACUGGUAAACUUGGUAAAUAAUACAGUUUCACUUCCACAGCAUCCGUGAAUCAAAUAAGUGUUUUUGUAAUCAUGUCUGUGUAAAGGAUUUCAUUCUCUAUUGCUUUUUAGGUAGUAUAAAGGAGGUUUAAAUUGACAUUUUGUUCAUAGUAAAGGAUUUUUUUUUUUCUUAUGCUGUGCCUUCUGUUUGAAAUUGUUUUUGUCGGGAAUUCUCUAUUGUCCCUUGAAAGAUAAAUGGAAGUCUACUUUUUAUUUGGACUAUUUAAAACUUAGCUACUGCUAACACAUAAUUAAUUCAAAUAGCUGAGAAAUAAUUGGGAAAGACUUCCAUCUAUAGUUGUAGACUUCAAUCAGUGGGUAAGAAGCUCUUUUAGCUAUGGCUUUAUACGUCCAAGAAGUCUUCCAGUAAAGAGAGGAUAGAGCAGACUCAACAUAUCUAAUAUUUCCAGGAUAAAGAAAACAACAUGCUUUUUUAGACCUUCCUUAUACGUCACGAAGAAGCAAGAAUAGAUCACUGUCUUUUUAGUUCUGCUAUUUUACACUUAUGUGUGUAUAUCUAUUUAUACAUAUGUAUGUAUAAAUUAUAUAUACACACAUACGUUCGUGUGUAUCUAUGAAAAUUUUUUGUAUAUGUGUACAUACUUAUAUGUAUAAAUCUAAAAGUUUUUCAUGUAGGAAUUACUUUUGUGAGGUGAAUGUAAUAGCAAAAGAUGUUUCAUAGCAGUUCUGUUUUCAACUGUUGCUUUACUGUACCUGGAGACUGAGUUCCUCUCCACCCGUGCAGCAGGAAAGGUCUGGACAGGAGGUGUGCUGGAUUUGCUGUGUUGCUUUGCCAAAGUGCCUUUUGGUUUGUCUAAACGUGAAAGGUAUUACAGGGUAUGGUAGAGUGUGAAUGCAAAGUCCGAUAGCUACUGUGGACUGUCUCCUUGUGAAGCAGUCAUAUAGAGGGAAACUUACUCUAGUUUCAUUAAUCCAAAACGAAUGAUGGCAGUUCCUUGGUUGGAGGAAUUUAAUUAUUCUGGAAUUGGGUCGUCAUCUCCAACACUAGACCGUCUCUCAGUCAUGUUGUCUAAAUUCUGCUUUUAAGGAUAUUCCAUUUUUUUUAUCUUGUCCUUUGAUCUUGUCUGUCUUUCUGAAGCAUUGUAAAAGAUGUGCUUUGGCAACAGAUAUUAAAAAAACAUUGCUAACAUGUCCAAAAAAAAGAGGCUUGCUCUGAAGUGCUCCUGUUCUUAAGCUGAAGGGGAGCUUCAGUACUAUCCGUAUGAAAUUGGUGUGGGAUGGCAUGUAGGUAGAUACGUCAUUCUUUUGGUCAUUUUAAAAAUUAGUAUGAUAAUUUUACCAUUUAAAGCAUCUUCCCAACUCUUGAAGGCUUCAAUUCAAUAGUGUACUUGCUUGUAUUCAUAAUUCUGAGCUGUCUGGCUAGAUAGCUCUAUGGAAGUGGAUGGAGUUUCUGUUGUUUAAAUCAUGCAUAUGAUUAAAUACAUUAGUGAGCAGGAUUUAUAUGGAAGAACAGUUUUGCGUAGGGGUUUGGACCUUAUAAUCCCCAUGUACUUGGAGGUCCAAAUUUCAGACCAAAAAAAUACCCCAGGAAGACCCUUGUAUUUACUGCCUGAUUCUUUCCUUGGAGCUCUCAUGCCAACUUUUCCAGAUACAAGAUGUCCAGUAAUUGUGGUACACAGUGAGUGGAAUUCAUCUCACUGAAUGUUAGCUCUCUGAAAGUUAGUCAUCUAGUUUAAGGGAGGAAUCUGGGCACCUCUAGAGAGCUAUUAAUCUCCUCCUAAGAUAGAUAUUUAAGGAAAGUAGAAUGAAUCAUGUUCUGGAGAGCCUCUCUGGAGACUGUGGAAGCUGUGAUUUAGCUCAGGUUAGAUACUUGGCUUUAGAAUACUAAACUGAGAUUAAUUCCAUCCAGUGCUGUACUACCUGUCUUGGAAUAGCAAAAACCAAGACUGGAACAAGGUCCAUCCCCAAACCUCAAAACCCUCCAAAAUCUAUCUAGAAAGAAGCAAAUUAAAGAGAUGCUGACAACUUGAAAAGUCAGUGUUUUAAAUGCCAGGAUCUACUUCUGCCCCUGAGUCGUUGCCAAUGCCUGUGGUAUGUCUGGUGAGUUUGGGGGGAGGGUGGGGGGACAAUGCAUCCCCCUUCCCUGUUCUGAAAUCUGAUGUACCUAACUGGCUAUAUGUAUAGUUCUGUUAAUGCAUGAAAUUAACGAGCAAAUGUAAUUAAUGUAUUGCAGCUAUUUUGAUAAUCUUUCAUAUUGCUAUAAUUAAGACUGACUAGUUUAACUGCUCUCCUGUCAUCAGAAAUGUUACCCACUGUGCACUUGCAAAAAUUGUGUGUUUAGUCCUGGUUCUUACUGUGUGUACUUAUUGCAUCUCAUGGGAUACGUUUCCCACGUCACAUCUGCAGAACUACUAAAUUUACAAAAACUAGAUAAAAUGUAGCAUUUUAUUAUAUGGAGUAUGGGGGUGACUUUAUAUAUUGAUUUACAUGUUCAUUAUUACUCUUUUGCAAUGAUUCCAUAAAUUGUAGCUUUUGAAAUUACUAGGCUAGGAAUUCCUGGUUUAAUGCAUCUGUAUAUGCUGUGGUGGACACAGUCAACAUUUUUCCCAAAUGAAGGCAUUUGUCCUUCACUGAGAUGACGAUUUCUGUGAUUUUAGAUUUCUGACUUGAUAAUGAAAUCCAAGAAGGGCUCUUCAGUAAAUAUUACCAGGCAUGGGACAGGUUGUGAUAACUAACAUUAGGAAGGGCUGAGGCAUGAGUCCUGUGUGUUACAGAUCCUCACGAUCUUCAGAGAAGGGCCUUGGCAAGAGGUAGCUCCUUUUAAGAAGAUUCAGCCUCAGUGAUAGCAAGCAGUGGUGAGAUUUUCCUUUUUAGCUAAUGGACUUAAGUACUGUUAUUUUAGUUUGAGUUAUGUAGCUCUGGUUUCUCCCUGUCUUGUUUUCAUUUAAGAAUGAUAAAAGGCACAGAACAGAGAUCCUAAAUUGAAGGGGGUCCUUUGUGAGGAAUUAAGUUUUUCUCUUGCAUGUUUUGUUCCCCUUUUCUAAAAACAAACAAAUAAAAAAAACCCCUCAACUAUUUGAAAGCUCUCUCUUUUUCCUUGGGUACUGAAGAAAUGCAAACGUCAAGAAAGUUGAGAACAGAAACAAAGGGGACUUAUCCAGAUUUAUCUGGAAACUCAUGAAAGGGUGGCCAGAGCUAUUUCUAGACAUAAGUAAGUGCAUUGUUCUAGACCAGCUGUUAUCUUUCCCAGAAAUUUAGUUUCCCAUGUAAUUUCACAUGCUCAUACUUCUCAGUCAAGAUUUAGCAUUUAGAUGCUCGUAAUAUUGACCUUUCAUAUACAUGCUUGUGCAGUAAUUCCUCGUGUCUCAUUGUUUCAUUUUUAUGUACUACAUAAAAAUAUUUUUUCUUCACCUACUGCUGCCCAGCUGCGUUUUUUGCUAAACUCUGAAAUUAUUUUGUGCAUGCACACACAGAUGCGCGUAAGACUUAACUGCUUAGGAUUUUUGCAAUUGGUCCUUUUUUGAGGACAAAUAAACUGCAGUUUUGGGGUAAAAAUGGUAAAGAGAAGGCUCUGGAGAAGAGAAGGCUCAGGGGAAAUCUUAGCAGCAUAUAGGAGUACCUGAUGGAGGGGGUGGAACGAAGAAGGUGGGAGCCAGGUUCUCAGUGAUGCCCACGGACAGGACAAGAGGCAAUGGGCAUACGCUGAAACACAGGAGACUCCAUCUCAACACAAGCUGACACAUUUUGCGGGAAGGGUGACCAAGCACUGGCACAGGUUGCCCAGAGAGGUGGUGGAGCCUCCCACCUUGGAGAUACUCAAAAGCUGUCUGGACAUGGCUCUGGGCAACCAGCUCUGGGUGUCCCUGCUUGAGCAGGGGGUUGGACCAGAUGACAUCCAGAGGUCCCUGCCAACCUCAGCCAUGCUGUGGUUCUGCGAUCUGAGACUUGCCCUUUGGCUGUUCUGUUUGCUUCAGUCUGCUGAUUGCUGAAGGUGGUAGGGAGGGGAAAAAGAAAUAGUACCUGUCUUAAGAAACCUGCAAUGUUGAGAACAGUCACAACCGUUCAUUUGCUUUUUUUUCUUUUUUUUUAUUUUGAGAGGUAACAUUUUUCUUGGUUUAGGUUAGUAGGAAAAUCUGAAUGUAACUUAUUAAAAUAAAUUUUGGUAAAGUUUUUGACAUACGGUUCUGUAAUGUACAACACACAUGAAUAGUUUACAGGAGUAUUAUUGUCAUUCUGAAGUGUGAAAGUUAGACCAAGGACUAAGAUAAAUAUCCCUAUUCUUGGGUACUGAAACAAUAGUUUCUGUUUAGAAACUGAGUUGUCUAUAAUACAUUAGGAACUGUUUAGUUUGCAUAUUUUUAGUAUUUGUUUACAUAGAUCUUAUAAUAAAUUGGGAUUACCAUGGUUUAGGUGCCAGUUGUUUCUCCUUACUCUCUUGGAAACUGAGUAUAGCUGUUAACAGCUUAUAGUGUCAAAACAUGAAAAUUUGAAUUCAGGUGAAAAAGAGGACAAAGUUUAGGAAACACUGAACUGUCUGAGCGUUUUAGGGAGAUACUGUGUAUAACUGUGGUAAAUUCUCAUCUGGUUUGUAUUUAUUUACUAUUAUACCAUUGUCAGGGGCUGCUGGGUAGUACAGUCCUCUGCUCACCAUCAGGAGAUGGGUUCUCUCUAUUAGACAUUGGUCUCUUUAGAUUUAUUUUCUUCAGGGCAGUGCCACAGAUUUCUGCACAUAUACACUGUUCUGAAACUAAUAGAGACAAAUUAAAAAUAGCUGUUUUGGUUGUGAUUUGAAAAUUAAUGGCUAGUCUGUGCUUGGAGUUAUUUUGGAAUAGUUAGUGAACUAAAAUAACUAGGAAUUGCUGUGUUCGCAGGAGGACCUUGCACUUUCUGAUUUAACUUUCACAUACAGACAAGUCCUAAUUACCAGCUGUCCCUUGAGCCAUCUUAGUGGAAUUGAUGUGAUGGUCUCAUUCUGAUUCUUCGUAGUGAGCACAGAGCCACUGCAGCUCUGGAGCAUCUUGUGGCAUUUUGCAUUCCUCUCCUGACCACUGGAGCUGGGCUGUGCCGAGACCGGCCUCGUCUCUGCAAGUGAGGUGCCUGAACUGCCUGGGAAAAUUUCCAGCUCACAUUUAUUCCUAUGUGCGGAUGAGAAGGAAUGGCAUCACCAGGCGUUCAAAUUUAAAUACCUGAACCCAGCACCUGGAUUCAUUUAAAAAUCAGGUCUCUCCCUGCCUCCCCCCAAAUAACCAGCAACAAAAUACUUGUACUGUAUUUAUGAUUGAAUAGUAUGCUCCAUUUUCUGCCGCAACAAUAGGAGUUUGAGUAAUGUUACAAUGAACUCCUACAGCGUUACCUUUUAAAGGGACUAAUUUAUAUAAAAGAUGGAACAGCAGCAGUAGAGGGAACAGUUCCGGACACUAUCUGUAAAUAGCUCGGCUAUGCAUGCUAUGCCAGUAAGCACCAGAAGCAAGUUAUGCCUUUUUUUAAUAACAAGUUGAGAAGGACAAAAGGGAUAAUUGCCUCUAAGCACAUUUUCUAUAGCUGGAGGAUAUCUGUAUCAUCUAAUUUUAAAUAUCUAGGGUAGGUACUAAAGUUAGGAAACUGGUCUCCUAGGGUCCCUUCGCUCUGGGUAGAUAGGCUCUUCCACAGGGUAAUUCAGAUCAGGAGAUCGAUCUUAAAUUGAGGUCUUGAAUUGACCCCUGGAGAAGCGGAGGUCCACACAGACCACAUAAAACUUCUGCUGGAAGCUAGGUUCCUGAACUACACGUGCUAUCCUAGCUAUCACGUGUGAAUUCAGAGUACGAGGUUGCUUACCCCAUGGUGCUCCCUCUUAGCCCCCGGCUUCUCCUGCUUCCACCGCAGGCCACCGCUUUCUUUGCUCUGUUGGUUGAACUGUAUCUGAUUGCUCCCUACAAAAUAUCUGGGCUAAAACUAGGAAACCUUUUGUUUUCUAGUAGUCGAAUGCUUAAAGGUUGUUUGGGUUUUGGUUUUUUUUACCCUCCCAAGUUGGGUAUUAAAGCCAGCAGAAGAAAGAGGGCAUUUAACUUCAGUGAAAAGAAUAACAAGCAGCAGGUGGGAACAUACAGGUUGUGCAAAUGUUUUAAUUCAAAUUAGCAUAAACAAGGACAGCCACUCUUGAUUGCGUUCCAAGGCUCCUUUCAUCUCAGUACUGUGUCACAAAGACAUCCAAACCGAGGUUGUUUUCACCUCAUAAUGGUGAUGCAAGCCCUAAAAUAUAAAAUGGUACUGUGAACAUAUGAGAACAUGCAAGUCCGAACUGGCCUCGAUAAAUUUCUGAACUAAGGUCCUUUGAGCAACAGACAUUGGAAGGUUUAGAUUAGAAAGGCUAAUAAGAGCAUAUUUAAAGCAUGGUGAAGGCAGUGGUUAGUAAAGCCAAAAGUGGGAGGUGAGGGCAGCAGUUCAUGGAUAUGUUUUUCAGGACUGUUGCCUGAUGUAAGCUACGUGGGCCCACGAAGCUAACAUCCACUACAUUGCACCGCUGCAGUCCAAAAUAGAGUCAGUAUUCCAAGAGCUGUGCCUGUAUGUGCAAUCUUAGAUCCCAGAUCUGUUCUCUCUGCUGUCAUUCAAUAAGUCAUAUGCAUUCAGCAUUAACUCCAUUUUUCGUUUUGUGCUCCUAAGUAUACUAGCAGUGUUUACCUUAGCAUCUUCUGUAUAUUUGUUUUUAAUAUUCCCCUCUAAGGCUUGUGCAUUUUUUUUUUUUUUUUAUACUUAUGCAAGUACUUGAUUACAUUUCAAAAUUAGGGGGUUUUUCCCCCCUCGGUAUUUUGCUUGACCAAUAGUAAACAGGAGGUACAUUUUUAGUGUAUUACUUCUGUUCAGAUUUGACUACUGCAUCUUCUCUCUUGGUGUGAACCCAAAGGUCUCUGUGCGUAUGCAGACGCAGCUCAGGCACAGAUACUUCUUUCCGCUUCGUUUGAAUACCUUUGACUCAUAUCACUUGAUGUGUAUUUGUGGUAUAAGGUAAGCGAUUACUUGAACACCCGUAAAACAGAGAUGUUAGCCCUAUGUUUAUAAAUUAUUUAAUUUAUUAUGGAGAAAUCAUCCAAUGCCUUAUAUUGCUAACUUAAAGGUAGUUUCUUUUUAUCUUAAAGUUGAUUACAUAUUUACACUCCAGUUAUUUCUAUUUAGUAAAUUAAGCCUGUUUUAUUCUGACACAUUGGAUCAUUUUAAAUGCCACAAUACUGUGUUGUACAGUUUUAUUCUGUUACUGCCAGUAUAAAGGAGUUGAAGUUCAUGUCCUCACUGAGUUGUCUGUGUCUGCUCAUUCAGAGAUGACAGAAAUCUGUUAAAAUAUAUUCAACCUAUAAUAUUUAUUUUGCUUUGCACUUAAUUUGUUUCCCUUUGACUGUGUUGCAAAAUACCAAGUGUACAUAAAAUAAUGAAUAAAUAAAACAAAAAUAAAUUAUUUGCCUACA